AUGUCCACCAAUGUCCCACCUCUAAAUGGAGAUAGAAACGGAGUUUUUCGUAUUGUCAUUCACGGAAAUUCCGGAACAGGCAAAACAACUCUUUCAGACAGGCUCGGCCAGGUCCUCAACCUACCUGUAAUCCAUCUGGAUGAAAUUCAUUGGCGUCCAAACUGGACAGAAGCUCCAGAUGAAGAGAUGGUAGAGGAACUCAGAGUCAUAAUUGAGAGAGGGAAAGCCUCGAACACUGGAUGGAUCGUCGAUGGCAACUACGAGAACUGCACCAAACGUAUAAUGGACUUUGAGGCGACGGACUUGAUAUCGAGAAGCAGGUAUCUGCCACGGUUUGAAGAGGACAAGGCCCUUGAUGGCGGGAAAUGGAGACGACUGGGAGAUAUUGAUGAGCAACAGAAGUGGUUGGAGGGUGUGCAGAGACAUAUCAAGACUUCGUGA